UUCAAAAAUAAUGCAGUCCUGCUCCUGCACUGAGUGUUGAAGGGUUGUAGCCGGGUAGGGCAUAGCGUCCGGCAGAAGCUUACUAAUUAUGAACCGUUUGGUAGUACUAAGCUUUCACUAAAUAAUUUCAUACGUAUCUAACGGUCGAUGAAAGUUAAAGAUCGUCCAUCCCACAUUUUUAUGAACGAUUAUGAACCCUGAAUAUACGUGACUCUCGUAGUGGACCUCACGUACAUUUGACGGCCAAUUCAUGCUCGAUUAUCAGCCGUUUACACACAGUUUUCAUAAUAAAUCACAAACACAUUUAGCGGUCAAACGAAUGUUAAAAAUAGUUGUGUCACACAUUUAUAAUCUCUUACGGGACAUUAAACACGCGGCCCUCACGGCAAAUCCACACGCAUUUAACAGUCGCUGACCGUGGCCUCGGACAAAAGCAAUUAAAGAAAAAAAAAAAAAAAAGGAAAAACAGAAAUAAAAACCAAUUGGAAACGCAAUAUGCAAGGAACCCAGAAAGCCCGACCCCAUUGAGAGAAAUACAGACAGAUUCUUCUUCUGUAUUUCUCUGUGUACGUAUUUACACAGAAACUGAGCAAAACCCUAUUUUUCUCUCUCUAGGAGCAGUUCAAGGUUUGCGUUUUCAUCAUCGUCCACCUCAAAGAUGAACAAGUUGGGUAAAGGCCAACGCGAUAAGCUCCAGCAGUUCAUCAUGAUAACUGCAGCGAGUGAAAAAGUGGCUCUGCAGGUUCUGAAGGAGAGUGAUUGGCAUCUUGAAGGAGCGUUUGAUAUCUUCUACACUCAGCCCCAGCUGCAAGCAGAGACCGAUUCUAAUACUGAUUCUAAUACUAAUACUAGACAAUUGGAGGAAUUAUACAAUACAUAUAAAGAUCCAGAUGCUGAUAUGAUACUUGUUGAUGGUAUCAGCCUCCUUUGCAACGAUCUUCAGGUGGAUCCUCAAGAUAUAGUCAUGUUAGUUGUUUCCUGGCACAUGAAGGCAGCUACCAUGUGUGAAUUUUCCAAAGAGGAGUUCGUAGAGGGAUUAGAACCAUUAGGGAUAGAUUCUUUGGACAAGUUCCGUGAAAAGAUACCAUUUAUGAGAUCCGAGCUGAAAGAUGAACAAAAGUUUCGAGAGAUAUAUAAUUUUGCUUUUGACUGGGCAAAGGAAAAGGGUCAGAAAUCUUUGGCAUUGGAUACUGCAAUUGGAAUGUGGCAAUUGGUGUUUGCUGAAAAGCAGUGGCCGUAUGUUGAACAUUGGUGUCAGUUCUUACCGGCUCGGCAUAACAAGGCCAUUUCGAGGGACACAUGGUCUCAACUAUUGGAGUUUGCAACGGCCGUGGAUCCGUCACUGUCAAACUAUGACGCGGAAGGUGCCUGGCCAUAUCUUAUUGACGAAUUUGUCGAGUACUUGAAGGAGAACGGAGCAAUCCAAAAGGGUUAAUUGCCUGAAUGGAGCCAAAACUGAUUAGGACUGCUUUUUGGUGAAUUAGAAGUUUAUCUCAGCUUAUUACUGUGAUUGAGGAGUACUGCCCUUUAAUUGAACUCGGUUCGUCUUCAAAACAAGACGACCAAAACCUCGAGCUCUAAAAUAUAUGAUUUCUACA